CACUGUCACAGCUCCACAGCCAGAGGACAGAGGCAGCAACAGCACCAGUGGAAAGAAUGCGAUAUGGAGGAGGGAGAGUGUACCAUCCGUCUGCAGCUCCAGACCUGACUCUGAGACAAGAUAAGACAGGACAUCCUCCCUCUGGGACCAUCCCACCAACUUACAGGAGCCAAAAAAAGGAGUCCUUUACUGUCCUUCACAAGACCAAGUAGCGGACCUCAACUCCAGCAGGACUGCUCACCUCAUUCUUUUCCUCACUCUUGCACUCACAUACUCUUACUCACACUGUGGUUCUCUUGACUUCUCUCCGUGCUCUGGACUUUAAGCGUCAUUCUUUUUCAAUGCUUCCUUCAAUGACCUUCUGAACUGAGUGGAUUUUACUUUUUAUCCUGUGGCUGACCAUGGGGGGACCCGGAUGGAGGGGUACAGUGGUAGCAGCAGCAGUGGGGACCCUCAGAAAAAGGACAGUGGGGAGCAGCUGGUACCUUUUUGUGACAUUGCUGCUGCUCUGUGGUUUCUGGAAGGCUCACACACAGACAGAUGAUGGGAAGUCUGUUUACUUCUGGGAAACAGGUCCAUGGGGAAGAUGCAUGGGCAGUGACUGUGGCCCAGGUGGCAGCCAAAGCCGGGCAGUGUGGUGCGCCCAUGUGGACGGCUGGACAACACUUCACACCAACUGUGAUCAGGGCCAGCGUCCGUCCAACCAGAGGAACUGUUUCCGUGUCUGUGACUGGCACAAGGACCUUUACGAUUGGAAACUGGGUGCCUGGAAUGACUGUGUGCCAGUGUCGGCAAGGACCUUUGGGGCCUCACAGCCGUUCACGUGCAGUGGAGGCGAAGAGGGCAUUCAGACCCGGGAGGUGGGCUGCAUGCUCAAGUCAGACGGCUCUCCAGCAGAGGAUGCCAUCUGUGAAUACUUUGAGCCCAAGCCUCGCCUGGAGCAGGCCUGUUUGAUCCCCUGCCCUCAGGACUGUGUGGUUUCUGAGUAUUCGCCAUGGACAUCCUGCUCCAAAACAUGUGGGACAGGACUCAGGAACAGGGUUCGCAGCGUUUUGGUGCCUCCGCUUUUUGGAGGCGCAGUUUGUCCUAACUUAACUGAGUUCCAGUCAUGUAAACCUGGACCAUGUACAGGUCCAGAAGGCAUGUACAGCCUCAGGGUUGGACCAUGGAGUCCCUGCACUCUUCCACUGACUCGGCCAGCACGCCAAGCCAAGCGCAGGAAAGGGAAAGGCCAAGGACUCAGGGAAAGAGUAGGAGCAGUUAAAGAUCCUGAGACUAGGGAGCUUAUUCAGAAGAAACGGUCCAGGAACCGUCUUAACCGGCAGGAAAGUCCAUUUUGGGACAUCCAGGUUGGCUACCAGACCCGGAAUGUGACCUGCAUACACAGGAACGGAAGCGCUGUUGUAAAACAUCUGUGCACACCAAGGAACCUGCCUCUGACCGUCCAGUCCUGUGUCCUCCUCAAGGAUUGCCAAAUGACAGACUGGACAGAGUGGGGCCCCUGUUCCAAAACCUGCUUGAACCCAGAAUCUCCGAGAGGCACUCGGACACGGAUCAGACAAGUGCUUCAGUUCCCCAUUGGUGAAGGAGUCAAGUGUUCACUGGUGGACGAGUCAGAACCAUGCGAACCUCAGGGAGACAGCAUACCGCCCUGCGCCAUUUACACCUGGAGGACCACAGAGUGGAGUGAUUGCAGAGUGGACUUGUUGCUAAGCCAACAGGACCGUCGGCGUAGCAACCUGACAGGGCUUUGUGGGGGAGGUCUCCAGACCAGAGAGGUAUACUGUGUUCAAGCAAAUGCUGAGCUACUAAAGUACCUCAAUGACCUCAGAGAAAAAGAAAAAGCAGGUCAGACCCAAAGACAGCAGAAGCCUAGUGUCCCCCCCCUCCUCUCCAUCACCUUCCAGAUUACAGCCUCUCCCCCAGUGGAAAACAAACUGUGCGAGGGUCCAAUCCCUAACUCAUCCCAGCUGUGCCAAAUCCCCUGUCCCAUCGACUGUCAAGUGUCACCAUGGGGGGCUUGGGGCCCCUGCACUUUUGAGAACUGUGAGGACCAGGCCGCAAAGAAAGGUUUCAAACUGAGAAGGCGCCAGAUCACCAACGAGCCGGCGGGGGGACCUGGAAACUGCCCCCACCUGGUGGAGGCAGUGCCGUGUGAUGAGCCCAGUUGUUAUGUCUGGCAGCUGGUCAGUCUGGAUCAGUGUGUUCCUGAUGAUGACAAGCCAUGUGGCCCUGGUACUCAGCUCGCACAGGUCCAGUGUGUCAACAGCAACGGAGAGGAAGUGGACAGAAACCUAUGCUCAUCUUCCCUUCCUCCAGAGCCCGUGGCCUGUGAAGUGCCUUGCUCAAGAGACUGUGUUCUCAGCGACUGGACCACAUGGUCCACUUGUUCUCAGACCUGUUCCAGCAAGACCAUCGAGGGCAAACAGAUGCGGACCCGUUCCAUUCUGGCCUACAAUGCUGGGGAAGUAACUGCAAUGGUAGUGGCAUGGAUCACAGUGAUGGAGGGACUUUCACAGGUGCCGAAGUUUCCGGAACUUUUUGGUGGAGCCCUGUGCCCAAACAGCAGUGCCCUUCAGGAGGUACGGAACUGUAAUGAACAUGCCUGCACAGUGUAUCACUGGCAGACCGGCCCCUGGGGGCCCUGCACUGAAGAUCCUACUGCCUCAUCGCUGAACACCUCUACAAGUAUCCGUCCCAGCAGUGACAUGCAAGGGCCCUGCUCCAUGGGGAUGCAGACCCGGAAAGUUAUCUGUGUCCGGGUCAAUGUGGGACAAGUGCCACCCAAAAAGUGUCCAGAUGGGCCUCGUCCCUCCACUGUACGUCCAUGCCAGCUGCCAUGUAGGAAGGACUGUAUCGUGACUCCGUUCAGUGACUGGACACCCUGCCCUGUCGUAUGUGAUGCAGCUGGUAAUGCCAUGAAGAAAAAGCAAUCAAGAAAACGACUUAUCAUUCAGCUGCCAUCCAAUGGAGGCCAGGACUGUCCAGAGGUGCUGGAGGAGGAGAGGGACUGUGAAGUCCCAAGGGUCUGUCCAGGGUUCAGGUGGAAGACUCACAAAUGGAGGAAGUGCCAGCUGGUCCCAUGGUUUCUCCGACAGGACAUCCCUGGUGCUCAGGAGACCUGUGGACCAGGACUACAAACAAGAGCUGUGUCAUGUCGCCAGCUUGAUGGGAUGCAAGCUGACAUGAGUGAGUGUCUGAAAUUUGCGAAAGCCAUGCCUGCUAUCACUCAGCGCUGUCAGCUCCCCUGCCAGGACGACUGCCAGCUCACCAAUUGGUCCAAGUUCUCGUCCUGCACAGCUGAUUGUGUGGGGGUCCGCACUAGAAAGAGGGCAUUGAUAGGAAGAAGCAAGAAGAAAGACAAGUGCAAGAACACACAGAUGUACCCUCUGAGUGAGACCCAGUACUGCCCCUGUGACAAGUACAAUGCUCAGCCCGUGGGGAACUGGUCUGACUGCAUCCUGCCAGAGGGAGGUCGAGCAGAAAGUGUCCUUGGAAUGAAAGUUCAGGGAGAUAUCAAAGAGUGUGGACAGGGCUAUCGCUACCAGGCCAUGGUGUGCUACGACCAGGACAACAGGCUGGUGGAGACCUCACGCUGCAACAGCCAUGGUUACAUUGAAGAGGCAUGCAUCAUCCCAUGUCCAUCAGACUGUAAACUCAGCGAAUGGUCCAACUGGUCUCGCUGUAGCAAGUCCUGUGGAAGUGGUGUCAAAGUUCGCUCCAAAUGGCUCAGAGAGAAGCCAUACAAUGGGGGCCGGCCUUGUCCCAAACUGGACCACAUCAACCAGGCCCAGGUGUACGAGGUGGUACCAUGUCAAAGUGACUGUAAUCAGUAUGUAUGGGUGGCCGAGCCAUGGAGUGUGUGGAAGGUCAGCAACGUGGACUUAAAAGAAAAUUGUGGUGAAGGUGUCCAGACCAGAAAAGUCAGAUGUAUGCUCAACACCAUCGAUGGCCCAUCAGAGUCAGUGGAGGACUACCUGUGUGACCCAGAGGAGAUGCCCCUGGGGGCCAGGGAGAGUCGGCUGCCCUGCCCCGAGGACUGUGUCCUAAAUGACUGGGGCCCCUGGAGCCGCUGCAGCCUGCCUUGUACUAGAACCAACAGUCGAGUGCGGACGGCGUACGUCCUUCGGUCGCCCAGUGUAGGAAGACAGUGUCCUGACACAACUGACAAAGAGCCCUGCAGCCUAAAUCUCAACUGCUUCAACUACUUCUACAACAUCACAGACUGGAGCACAUGUCAGCUGAGUCCGAAUGCUGUUUGUGGGAGUGGGAUCAAGACACGGAUGCUCGACUGUGUUCGCAGUGAUGGCAAAUCAGUGGAUAUUAAAUUCUGCCAGGAGUUGAAUCUGGAGAAGACGUGGCAGAUGAACAUCUCCUGUGUGGUUGAGUGUCCUGUCAACUGCCAGCUGUCAGAGUGGUCAGCCUGGUCGGAGUGUUCACAGACCUGUGGACUAGAAGGUAAGAUGUGGCGUCGUCGAUCGGUGGUCCAGGCUCCUCAGGGGGAUGGUCGGCCCUGCCCUUCCCAGAUGGAGCAGUGGAAGCCCUGCCCUGUUAAGCCCUGCUACCGUUGGCAGUACAGUCCCUGGUCGGAGUGCAGGGUGGAGAAUGUGGUGUGUGGACAUGGCAUGCGCUACAGGAACCUGACAUGCUUUGUGUCGGAUGGUUCCAUUGACAGCGAGGGCAGCCUAGUGGAUGAGGAGCUGUGCAGCGGCCUGGAGCUGGCAAUCAACGGAGACAAGAAAAUCAUACUAAAAGAAGCCUGCAUUCUGCCAUGCCCAGGUGAAUGUUACCUGAUGGAGUGGUCAGACUGGAGUCCAUGUGUGAGCAUCUGUGUGAAAGGGGCUGGUGUGGACUUUGGCUCCGUACAGGUUCGAUCCAAAGCUGUACUGGCCCAGGAACCCGAAAACCUGCAGAUGUGUCCAGACCAGGCCUGGGAGUCUCAGACCUGCACUGGGGGAGAAUGUUAUGAGUAUAAAUGGUUCAGCAGCGUCCGUUCAAACUCCAGCCAACCAUUCAUCUGGUGUCAGCGCUCAGAUGGACUCAAUGUCACUGGAGGCUGUCCUCCCAUGAACCCUCCGAUGGACAACAGCUCCUGUGACCCCCCCUGUCUCAUGCCCAAGUCCUUCUGCAGUGAGGCUUCUGUGUGCAUGUGCGAGGAGGGCUUCACAGAGCUGCUGUCUGCCACCGGGCAACUGGAUCGGUGUGCCCCAAUCCCCGUCCUGGAGAUCCCCACAGCGGGAGACAAGAAGGCCGACGUGAAGACAAGCCGUGCCAUUAACCCCACUCUGCCCAGCACCAUCCAACCGGGCCGCACCGGCCGCACCUGGUACCUGCAGCCCUACGGACCCGAUGGGAAGCUGAAGAUGUGGGUGUAUGGUGUAGCAGCCGGAGCCUUUGUGCUCCUCAUAUUCAUAGUGUCUAUGAUAUACCUAGCUUGCAGCUACUGUGCCAAGGUGCAUCGCACUCUUAAAGCCCAAGAAUGUGACGCCAAUGGGACGGCGGUCUGGGUGGGCCAAAAUGCACAAGAGAUGAUUUACACCUGUCCCGAUUGCCAAGAGCUGGCUCAAAGCGUCAGCAGCUCCUGAGGAUGUGGAGGGCUGAAGGGCCCCUGUCACAGCCUCCAUUGUAAACCCCAGCAGUGCUUCACCUGACUCUGUGACCACCCUUAAUGUGUCACAUGACCUGCCUGACUGGCUGAGUGAAGGUGCUGGUGCAGCAAAAAGCCAAAGAGACCUCAGAGACAGAGGCAACAAAACAACCGACUAAAACCUCUGACUCUUGCCUAUGACGGGGACACGGACAUGUAGUCCUCUGGGAGAUGCUUCACUGAGCACUUGACCUGUCAUACAGACCUCCUUCAUUUCACCAUUCCACUGACAUGGAUGUUUGCGGCAUGAAUGGAGACGUCACUGAGCGGAGAAAUUAUAGAAAAUCCUCUUAACUGAAAACAGAGACACUGGUGGGGUUUAUCCAUUUCAACUAACACUCCAGUUACUCCUCUUUUGUUUUUUUUGUUUUGUUUUUGUUUGGAUUUUCUUUUGCAAAGAGCUUUCGUGACCGCCAUCGUGAUCAAUGAAAUGCCUUUUUUUUGCCAGUCCAUGGUUGUGUAAAGGCGUUUUUCAGACAGAGGAUUGCUGGGUGCAACAGACAGACAGACAGAAGCAGCUCUCCCCUGUCUCUGAACAUGGCAGCACUCUCCAACUCUUCCCCCGCGCUUUUUUUUCUGCUUGUCCCUAAAAAUGCUGAGUAGCUAGAGGCUUAGGAUGCUCUGACGGUUCGUAUGUUGCCAAAAGUCACCGCAGGGAAGAGGAGGAGGGAGAGGAAAAUCUCCAUAAAAAGGUUUGGAUUCCUUUUUCUCAAUCCUCAACUGGGUUUUGACUCAAAUCUCUUUUACAGUCUUGAACAAAAGGGAGGCAUUUCGUUUUCUUUUUUUGUUUUUUUUUUUUUUUGCUUGAUUCAGAGGCACACAGGCCUGUGCUGUGGGAUAAACAGAUCUUUGCGAUGCUGAUGGAGCAGCAGCCUGCAACUCAUGGAACUUAUUGCCUGCCUUCGCCCCUCUGUUUGUUUCAGGCACUACAUUGCACUAUAUUAGUGCAGCAUGAUAUGCACAUGUGACUUCUUAACCUUCUAUUGCCAUAAAAUACUGCCUCUUCCACGGACACAAGCAUAAAGCAGACCAACAGUGAAGGUCAGAAUGGGAGGCCACAGAGGCAGUGGGAAAACAUGUCUAGAUGUGUCACAAAAAACCUGUGUGAAUCUCAACUAAGUGUAAAUGUAUAGAUUUAAUUUCUCACAAACCGAGUUUUUGGUUGUAGUAAAAGUACCUUUUGUGGUUUGUAGAUUUCGUCUGGUGUUCUCACUUUUUUUUCUGCCCAGAUGCGAUUGAAGAUUGAACUCUGAUAUCAGCGGGAGUCUUCUUUUACUGCUUUCAAGUUAUUUUUAACCAUGAGAGAUCAAAGUCACACUUCAUUAAUCUUCCUUUUUUUAGUAUUUUGUGCAAAAGCUCAAAUUUUGCAGUGAUUAAAAAACAGAGAUCAAUAUGGUAACACUCUAUAACAAAGGUACAUAAAGUCACAUUAUUUAAUUAACAGUUAACUCAGUGUGUUUAGUAAUAUUUAUUAAUGGUGUUCAUGUUAAGUACAUUGUUCAACAGUUUCUGAAGAUACAAUCAACAUUAGAAAUUCAACAAAUUCUGUAAAGGCCUGUGAGGUGACCUUGUUGUGAUAUUGGGCUCUACAAAUAAAACUGAACUGAAUUAGUAGAUAAAGUAAUCAGCAUUAACACUUAUAUAAUGAGAAGUAUAAUAAAGAAACAUUAACAAAUAAUUAACAUUUAUUCAGGGUUUCCAUAUUAAAUUAUGAUGUUAUGAAUAUUAGUAAAUAUCUCAUUAAAAUUGUGGUAAUGAAAGUUAUAUGUUAACCUUUGAUAAAUGUUAACAGACCUUUGAUACAGUUACUCAAUGCUUAUUACUUUUAAUAGACUUAAUGUUUAUUAGUAUAUCUAAUUAUAUCUUUCUAAUUUAUUAAAUAAGGUGUUUAUAGUUUUUUUUUUUUUUAAUAUGGACACCAUUAGUACAUAAUUAGCUGUUAAUUAAUCAUUAAUGCUUAUUGACUAAUGUUCUACUUUUACUGUAAAGUGUUACCAGUAACUUUAAAGCAUCAUGCAAAUGUUAUUUCUGCCUUACUGACGAGUUCCAUCAGUCCUGUAAUAGCAUUCUGAAUACUUGAAUGGGGCCCAGCAUCCAACUCAUUUAGGCAUAAAAGGGAGUAAUUGUUUUUAACAUCACUUAGUGAGCAUUACUGAACUAUCAAUCAGAGGAUUUUUAACUAUUCAUGUAUCAUAGCUGCUCUAUCAAUUCUCAGUCAUAACACAUGAGGUAAAAUGUAGUAAAACAGUCUGUACAAAAUUAAUAAUAAGAAGAAAAAUGCUUUUGCUCAAUUCAACGUGAAAACAAACUGGUGUGGAGAAUGUUUACUUUUUUGUUGAAUUUGUAAAUAACAGCAAUUUUUUUAUUUUUCUGAGGAAAAAAAUAAGUAUGUGUACAUUUAUUUUGUAUUGCACAGAAAAUGUUUAGUUUGAAUAUCGCAAAGUGGGUGUAUGAUAUUGCUGAUUGUUGUUACUCAUGAUGCAAGUUGUAUGUUGUAAACACGAAGCUAAAGAAAAAAAGACCCAGAAAAAGAUGGAGGCUCAGCCAUUUUGUACAGGUUGUUUAUAUGUAUGGGACAAAGUAACUGAAAAUAAAUAAGGACACGGUUGUAAACCUAAA